UCCACAUAAGUAUUUGAUAAAAAGAUUUGUAUCUAUGAUCAAGAGUAAAUUAAUAAAAAAAAAGAACUGUCGUUCACAAGUCAUACACAAAGAGUGAAGUGGAUUUUAAUACUCAGGAAAUUGUAUUACGUUUCUAAUUGUUAAUCCAUCAGCAAGAUGGGAUACUUUAAAGUUUUUAGUUUUAUAGUGAUCUAUUUGACCUGCAUAUUAUCUGUCAUAAAUGCUGAUCAGUGUGAGAUGCGGGCACCGUGUGUUUGUGUUUUUUCAAAUGGCACCGGAAUCGACCUCACUCCUGCAAUUUCAACUGAAUUUUACACAGCUAGUACCUAUACGGUUAAGAUGAAUGGGUCGCAAUAUGAAAUGAGUACCUAUUACUAUCAUCCAUGUUACGACGUUAAUUUGAACGUGAGCCAGUCACUUCCUAAAAACACUUGUACUUUACCUUUGUCGAUCUGUCGACAUGUAAGCACAAUGAAUUUGGUGAAUGUAACAACUAACACAUAUACAUUUGAUCAAGGGUCAUAUGAUUUCAUGGGUAGAACGAAUAUAUCAAACUUCUCUGAUCAAGGCAACUCUAUCAAAUAUCCCAAUGGGCCUUCUGAAACAAUAGUGCUAUUGGAGUGUGCUGAGACAGAGAACAAACUUCAAGUGUAUUCAUUAUCAGAACCUGAUAAAAUUGUGUUAGCGUUUUAUUCAAAAGAUGCGUGUUUGAAGCAAAUAGAGGUGAACGGACGGUCUUUUGGCUCCACCCUGCUGAUUAUAUUCUUCUCUAUGGUGGUUUUCUACCUUGUGCUCGGGAUCUGUACGAAGAAGUUCUUGAUGGGAGCAACUGGUGUCGAAGUUAUACCUAACCUUGCAUUCUGGUCGGACCUACCAAACCUUGUGAAAGAUGGCUGGAGGUUUAUGUGCAAUGGUUUCAAGUUGCCUCCUCGAGGCGCCGGGCCCGCCGUGUCCCCCGACCCCAACAGUUAUGACAGCAUAUAACAUCAGGGUGACGAAGACCUCUCCGAAGGUCAUCUUGUCCUUGUGGAAUAGACAAUCUGACUGUGUUCUGAAUUUCUCAUUAAUUUUCGUUUUAAUUCGUGCUGUCGUUACAUUUGCGUGUCUAGAAUAAGAUAUUUGAAUUUUAUAUUUUUAUUUACAAAGAAACGAAUUAUAUCUUUAAUGUUGAUAUUAGACCUUUUUGUUGAAUUGUCUUUUAACUUUUUAAUGCCGUCUAGAUGAGUCAUUCAUGAUGAACGCAAAUGUAAUCAUAGCUGGUUUAAUGGUGAUUGAGAUUUAGUUAUUUUAAAUUUCAAGUCAUAAAUACAGUUAACAUAAUAUCUAAGAACAUUCUUUGAAAAGUGGUAAGAUUAAAACUUUAAAUGUAAUAAUUCUCGAAUAUUUGUGUCUUUAAAUAAUCUCAAUAAAAUAUGAUCUUAUUGUCCAAUUCCAAACUAUUUUCAUUUCUUUUUUCAAGUGAUCUUGAUUAGUAGUAAUCUCUAAAUUACCAUAUGCACAGAUUCAUUAUUUAUAAAUAAGUUUGCCAUUGUAUGCUACAAUCGGCUUUAGCGACGCUGGCCUAUUUAUUGUGAUGAAUAUAUAAAAGUAUUUAAACAAUAUAACUUUAUUAAUAGAAUAUAUAAUAAUUGUAUACUUAUAUUAUAGAGAAAAUUAUAUAAUUAUUACUUGCCAUUAUCUUUUAAUAAUAUAUAAUGAUUUAUUCUUCACCACGCUGCUAGUAUGUUGUUGUUAAUUUAUUAGUUUUUUUUAUUUUUUCAUUUAUUUUGUCCUCGAUAUUACUUAUAAAAUGUGCAAUCUUCGAUUUUAUUUCUGUUUUGUAGAUUGUAGAUGGUCAAACAUUUUAAGUGUGCCAAUUUAUUUUGGUUCUUUGAAUAAAUUAUGCGUAAGUACAUAUUAUAAAAUAAUGUAUAUUCUAUUAAAAACAAAUGGAGGAGCAUCGCACAUAUGCUUUUAAUAAAAUUACUUGUAGUACUUGUCUACAGAAGUAUAACUGAACUGAAUAUUUAAAAGAAAACUAU